ACUCGCACGCAUGCGCAGUGGCAUCUCCGCUGCAGCGCGUAGCGAACAGCCAGAAGCGACGCUUCCAAGGCAACGCGCGCGUACAUACAGGAAGAUUUCAGCACCACCUCCGCCGUCCAUCGCACGAUAAGCCAUCGAUAACGAUGACACCUAGAAAUAACGACAUGCGUCCCUGAAUAACGACUGGAAUACGACUCAAGGAUAGGACAGCGUAAAAUAAGAUCGGGAGGCAACUGCGUUCAUUCGUAAUUGUGUUUGUAGUUGCGGUCAGUCAUGCCGCUUGUGAAGAGAACCAUUGAGCCCAGGCACCUAUGUAGGGGAACCCUGCCGGACGGAGUGACUAAUGAGCUGGAGUGUGUCACAAACAGCACGCUGGCAGCUAUCAUCAAGCAGCUGGGAGGACUCAGUCGACAUGCAGAGGACAUCUUUGGGGAACUGUUUAAUGAGGCCAACAGCUUCUGCAUGCGCAUGAACAAUUUACAAGAACGCGUCGACCUGCUGGCGGUGAAGGUCACACAGCUAGACUCCACGGUGGAAGAGGUCUCUCUACAGGACAUCAACAUGCGAAAGGCGUUCAAGAGUUCCACCAUCCAGGACCAACAGGUGGUGUCCAGAAACUCUAUUCCCAAUCCGGUCAUGGAGGUGUACCACCGCUGUGACAAACCACCUCCUCUGAACAUCCUCACACCCUACAGGGAUGACAAGAAGGAUGGGUUAAAAUUCUACACAGAUCCAUCCUACUUCUUCAUCCUUUGGAAGGAAAAGAUGCUGCAAGCCACAGAAAACAAGAGGAAGGAGAAACGAAGACAGAAGCAAGAGCAAAAACACGUGGAAGAUCCCAGUCGUGAGGUGAAGAAAAUUCGUAAAGCUCAUAACCGUCGUCAGGAAUGGAAUAUGAUGGCUUAUGAUAAGGAGUUCCGUCCGGACACUCGGUUGACACCCUCUCCUUACCAUGGCAUGUCCUCUGAUGGCUCAUUGUCACCUGACAGAUCUGGAAUGUCAGAUGAGCACUCGUACCCGGCUAGUCCUAACCACCCACAGGAUGCUGGUGGAGCAGGGGCUGAGGGGAAAGACACAGGCCCCACACAGACUCAAUCACUGGACCGAGCGUACCGUCCUCAAGCCUCAGGCUCAGCUCGACAGCAUUCUUUAGGUCGUGUGCAGGCACACCACGGACCGCCGCCAGACUCCUCCCUCAACGGACCGCGACCAACAGCUGCCAAAGACUACAGCGGCCAUCCAAUACACGAGCAUUUUGUCCCACCGGCUCCUCCACCACCCCCUCCCCUCAUUCCCUCAUCUCAGACCGCAUUCGACAGCACGUCUGGACCUCCGUCGCUAGCUCCGGGCACUGUUGCUACCCUCACACGGCCCUACAGCCCAUCUCCUCCAGGGGCGGCCUCUGCCUACGCCCCCUCCCCUUCUCAUCCUGUGAUGGGUGGCCCACCAGUGGCCCCACCUCCUCCCCCGCCAGGACUCCCCACCCAUGCACCGUCCCCAGCCCGAGUCACGCAUCCAUCUGGAGAGUCCACUCUACCCAGAAAGGGCCAGGUGCCACUUAUCCCCAUGAGCGACGCUCGAAGCGAUCUUCUGGCUGCCAUCCGCAGAGGUAUCCAGCUGCGUAAAGUGCAGGAGCAGAGAGAGCAGGAGGCCAAGAAAGAGCCAGUUGGUAAUGACGUGGCCACCAUUCUGUCGCGACGCAUCGCCGUGGAGUACAGCGAGUCGGACGAGGAUUCUGAGCCCGAGGAGAACGAGUGGUCGGAUUGAGACAGCGAGGAGACGCCUACUCACCAUCAUAAUGCUGCUAUUACCCAAAACUGCACAUAUACACCGCUCAUAGAGUCAGACGUCCUCAGAUGUACGGGGCUUUAGACAGAGAUGCUAAAGGGGUCACGACACACACAGAGAACGGAUGAAGGAGAGUUUGUGCAAUAUAAAAUGAAGUACACAGGUCAGUUGCAGAAACAGACGGAUGAUGAGUACCGAAUAGACAUUCUAAUGUUAUAUAGGUGGGCCGGGAAGCACGUGAACUUUGAGAAUACAGCAUAUCUCAUAAUUACAGUAUGUAAUUAUUUGUGUUAGCAUUUAUUUCAGAGUUGCCAAGAAAAUAUCUAUGGAAAAAAGUAUUUGUGUGAUUUUCAUUAUAUUUUUCUAGUUGUCAGAUCAUAAAUAUAGAGAAAUCCAUACGUAUCCAUCUUUUGUGGUACACCAGGUGGACAAUGGUAUUAGCACUUGUAUUAGCUUUGUUAAAUCAAUGCUAUAGUAUUCUUACUAAUUCAGAUUUAUUUCCUGUACCUCUGGUUUGAGUUAGAUGCCCUGAAAACGGUGCACACAAAUCAUUGAUAUAGUACAUAUUGAAAGCCGUUCAAACAAUUUUGUCACUUUGUUCAAUGUGGACAGUGUUGUGAUAAAUAUUUAUAUCCCUGUAUUGCAGUGAGUAAACUUCUUGAUGUUUUCAAUAUUUCAAUAUUUUUUUUCUUAUUGAACAGAUGUGGCCAUUACUUUGUUAUAGCUUGCAGUUGACUAACAGUGUGUGUUUUUGUGACUAAAUGUGUCCGGAAGAGUGCAAGACGUUUUCCACCGCAACAAACUACUGUCUAGAAAAUUAUAGAUGUAAACACAGUGUUUCAUGACUAAAAGUGUCAGGAACAUAAAAUUAUAAUUUGUCAGUACUGUCAAAUACAGACGUAUUUCCAGCGUGUUUUGAAAGUUACUGUUGUAUAGGUUUUUGUACUGCUUGAAAGAUGAUCUUGAUAAUGUUGUGUAUUAAUGUCUGUCACAAUGAUUACCAAUUAAUGUGCAUGUAAGAGUAACAAAUAGACACAUCCUGUGUCAUAUAUUCAUAAUUUGUGCUCAUUUAUCAAUAUUCAAACAAUAAAAAGAAUAUUGGUUGUGUUUCAUUGA